AUGCCAGAUGAUGCAACACAUUCCACUCAAUUGUGUGGCAAAUCGUCUGAACUUGAAGCAGCCUUAUCGCGCGAUACGGUGGACAGGGCGCCGGUAGAGAACACGCUCGGCCCAGGCCUGGGGCGCUCCGCCCCUACUUUGGGGCCCUUCCCUACCAAAGCUCCAAAGUGUGAUCGAACAUUCGUGAGCCGAGUUGGUGGGCCACAAAACGGCACCUUCACUGCACCAAGUUUCCUGAACCCUGAAGGCCAUUCUCGCCAGUGCAUCUAUACUUUCCUGGCUGGGCCUCACCAGCGAGUAGAACUCAUAUUCACCAGCUUUAAUCUGAGAGGGACACCACCUGAUGGAACUGCAGCUGGAGUUUUGCCUUCGUGUAUCCACGAGUACAUGGAUGUGUAUGCUGAGGUACAGCAGCCAGAAGCCUCCGAACUUAUCAAUUCACCAUUUGGAGGACGCUAUUGCGGCCCCAUACCUCCAAGACGGAGAAUUUCUCUCUAUAAAGCUCUUGCCCUUGGUUUCUACACAGACAGAAAUGCUACCACACCUGAUUUGUUCACUGGAAGAUAUGCCUUCAUUAAUGAUACGGAGUAUGAAGUUGGUACUCCUGUGCCCAAUACUCCUUGCAGCUACACAGUACAUGCAUCGAGUAAAAGGCAAGGUGUAAUUGUAUCACCAACUUACCCUGGAACAUACCCAAAAGACCUAACUUGCACUUACCAGUUCCUAGGGUCUCCAACACAAAGAGUCAGACUUGAAUUUAGAGAUUUUGACCUCUUUUUUGGAGGUGCACACUGUCCAUUUGACUACGUGAAGGUGUAUGAUGGACGGGAUAAUGGAUCAGCAGUAAUUGGAACUUAUUGUGGGCAGCAACGUAAUCUAGUUAUAUAUUCAUCUGAAGCUUCUUUAUUCGUUUCAUUUUUCACAAUACAACGGACAGCCAAUACUCAAAACAGAGGUUUUAAAGGAAUUUUUGAGUUUAGUGAGAGUUUUGUAAAACUAGAUUUUAUUGGUAAAAAUGAUGGAGAACAUAUAAGAGGUUCAGAAUGUGACCAACAAAUUCUAAGCAAAAAGAAAUCUAGUGGUUAUGUGUUCAGCCCCAAUUAUCCAUUUCCCUACCUUCCAAAAAUUGUUUGUCGUUACUUCAUUUAUGGAAUGCAAGAUUCACAGCAUCUAGAAAGAGUGCGAUUGGAAUUUAUGAAGUUCAAAAUACCAAAGGGCGGAGAGAGAGGAGACUGCACAGAUGGUUAUUUAAAAGUUUACCUCAAGGGUCAAGAAGCCACAGAUUCUUAUGAUAAAUUUGAUCAUGAAAUGUGUGGAGAUGAUGAUAGUAAUCCCAAGGUCGUAGUAUCAGAUGGACCUCGACUUGUUAUGGUAUUUAGUAGUGGUGAAGUACAAGGACAAGGUUUUAAAGCAAAGUACACUUUUGAAACAGAUUACAAGAUUCCUGGAACAGCAGCACCUGAUGGCAGUUGUAUUUUUACCUAUCGAAGUUCAAGUAGAAAAAAGGGAGAAUUCAAUUCACCACGUUAUCCAUCCAAUUACCCCAGUGAAACUAAUUGCACUUAUCUUUUUUUGGGAACACCUAAUGAGCAAGUAACUCUUGUGUUUGAUCACUUCAAAGUAAGAGCAGAUUCAGCUAAUGCAACUUUUGGAUCUUAUGGUGGCACCUGUCAAGAAGAUUGGUUAGAAAUGUAUAACAUGUAUAGAGACGGAACAGAAAAACUCAUAGGUCGUUACUGUGGAACGACUGCACCAGGGCCAGUUGAAUCAAAUCGUGGUGCUAUAGGAGUAAAAAUAUUGUUACAUUCUGAUCAAGAGGGUGUCUUUAGUGGUUUCAAAGCUAGAUAUACCUUUGAAAUUGCUAAGUCCAUAUUUGGAGACUGUGGUAGCAAUGUAAGCAGUUUAGAACAUGGAGAAAUUAGAAGUCCUAACUUUCCCCUAAACUAUGAUAGUCCCGCAAAAGGACUUGCCAGCAAGACCUGUAAUUGGUAUAUAAAUGUCCGGCCAAAAUACAAGAUACUGCUCAACUUUGAAGUAUUUGCAGUGGAAGGAGACCCAGCAAAUCGAGGGUGCCCAGCUGCUGUGGUGCGAUUGUGGCACAGAGCAAAUGAACCACCAGUUGAACUUUGUGGAGAAAAAGCUCCUACAGAAAAGUGGCAGUACAUGUCUGAUGGGAGUAGUGUUCGCCUCAGUUUUAUUUCUGCUGAUAAGUCAGUGGGUGCCCAAGGUUUUCGUGCAGUGUGGACAGAAGUCAAAGAAGGUCCUGAUUGUGAUCAGUUCAAGUGUGAAAAAAGUAGUUACUGUAUUGCCGAUACCUUAAGGUGUAAUAAAGUUGCUAAUUGUGGUGCUGAUGACCGCUCUGAUGAACUCAACUGUCUUGUCGAGGCUCCUGUGGACUCCUUCAUGCUGAUGGGUGUGGUACUGUGCGUGGCAGGCGCGCUAGUGCUCGGCAUCUGCAUUUGGUGCCACCGUAAGCGCCGGCGCAGGCGACGCCACUUGGCGCGACUGCACAGAGGCGGUAGCAGUGCUGCAGGUUCCAGUCACAGCCGACAGUUAGGCAAUAGUCGGCGCCAGCAUGUGUGCGAUGAAUUAGGGGAACGCUUUGCGAGUGUGGACAGCGUUUGAUGAUAGGUGAAGUAAUGUUGAAAAUUUGAAAUGCUGGAAAACAAUCAAGGUAAAGUAAAUGAAAAGAAAAUGUCAGAUGUUUGUGAGCUUUUAAACUUCUUGUUCUGUACUAACAAGAAUCUCUAACAAGUGAAUGAACAGGAAGGCAAAUGUUAUAAAGAUUUCUGUUAGUGCUUAACAAAUUGACUUUAAUGAUGUUACUGAAUUGUCAUUUAAAAACAUUAAUGUUACCAGAAUAUUGUGGAGUUCAUGAACAAAUGACUUAUAAUAUGUUUAUUAGGAAAAGGCUGUAAUUAUUUAUAAAGAAUAUCUUCAGCUCACAACUUAAGUAAUGAUGAACAAGCAGAUUUUGAAGCAUUGGGUUUGAAUAGUGACCCUGUUGGAGAAAUCUCAGUGUUGGGAGGGACUGAUACAGCAGUGAUUUAAAAUUACUGUGUGGAAGUAAUGAAGCUCACAUUUCUUGGAGGGUGUAUGCUUACUUAAAAUGCAUGCUUUAUUCAAACUUUGAGAUUUUAGUUUUCACAGAAGUACACAUAUAUAUAUAUAUAUAAUGCUGUGCUUUUUGGUGAAUUUGUAUCAUAAUUGUCUUGAGUGGUAAAGCAGUAUACAAUUAUUCAUAAGAUGCACAUUAGUGAACUAUGGCAGAAGGCACAUUUUAGAGAAAAAGCUCAGUUGUGAUAUGCAUUAAUUAUAACAUUUGUGAAUAAAUUGCAUUGUUUACUAUUACCACUUUUAAUCUGAAACUGUAUGGAUUGCUAAUUGACAUCAUGGAUUAUUCUCAAAUUAAUACUUUUAUUUAUAGCAAGAUCAUGAAAUAUUCAAAAAGUUCAAGUGAAACUAUCCCAAAGUGUUUUUCAAAAAUAAAAUUGGAAAUCAUAAAAACCUAAACUCAAAAUUUCGUCUAUCAAAAAUAUUAACUACUCUUGUUUCAUUUCUGAGGUAAUAAAAGGUUUCAACAAUUACUAUUAAAUUUAAUAAUUCCAUACACUUUCAGACAAAGAGACUGAUUUAAUUUUAAUAUAUUUUCUGUUAUUUUUUUAUGAUAGUAAUUUUUGAGUCUACAGUAAAUUUGGUAUCCCUACAGAAUAGAUUGAUUGAUUGGUUGGUUGGUUGCUUCCUUCAUAAGAAAUGCUUCAUAUUAAAUAUUACUGUUAUAAGUACUGAUGGGUGAAAUGUGAAAAACUAGUCCGAGUCUUCCCUUGUUUCUCUUACUAAUCACAGUUAUUCACAAAGGACCUUUAUAUACAAAGUAAUUUUAUAAGAUAACAGAUACCAAUGAAGAUAUUGUCAAACAUAAGUUGUGACAUUUGUGUGUAUCAGUUAAGAGUCAAUUUCUUGUAGAACUUGUUACUGAGUCAUUGCUAAUGUCUUUUAGUACCCUAGAAGAGUUUAAUUUUUAAUUAUUUUUUGUUUGUGAAGUAAUUUAAUAACACAAUUUUUUUCUUUUACCCCCUCCCUCUUAAACAUAAUUAAAAUUUUAAUACAUGAUUAGUUUCUAUUGUUCACAAAUUAUUUUCCUGGCUUCAUUUCCCUUAUAUAAAUAUUUUUCAUUAUAAAAUUUAUUUCUUAAUUUUAAGUUUUAAAUUACAAUAUUUUGUUUUUAAUUAAAUUCAAAAUUUCAAGAACCGUUUAAUAGCUGGGAAGCAGUACUGAUUACUAUAUGACUUCUUUAGUAUCACAAAUAUUUACGUCAUUUCAUUAUUUUUUUCAUACUAUAACAGAGUAAUAAUUAUUCACAUUUGCUUACUGAAUUUUCUACACUAUCAAUAAGGAAAAUGAAAGAUUUGCCUAGUGAAAGAUUCACACCACAAUUAGUUUGUAUCAUCAAGUUAUUCUUUCAUAGAUAAAGGUUAGUGGUUCAUCACUUGCAAUGUGUUCAAAACUUGAAUUCAUUGUUAGAAAUAUAACAGGGUUGCCUAUAAAAUGAAGAAAUUGAGAUCAGUACUGUUUACACGGAAGACCAUGAAAGAUCACGCAAAAUCUUCUGAGUGAUCUUAGAAAUGUAUACAUCUACAUGUUUUGUACUCUAAAGCAACUUUAAAUUUGAGUAAAUUCGAUAUCAAAGUAGACUUUUUCUCUAAACAUUUCAUUAGUUUGAGAAAACAGUGAAUACUUAGCAUGUGGCCUUAACAUUCAGAACUUUCUCAUUAACUGAAAACACCAAUACAGAUACAUUGUGUCUGUUUGUAAUGGUGGUCAUUCUAUUAGUGACAUUGCAAUGAAUCUUAUUUUUAAGGAGGUAUCACCAUUCACAAGAAAUUAAAUGAACUGAAUAUAAAAUAGCAAUGCAAUUUUAAUAUCAUUGAUUUACUUUUCAAAAUGAUUCUUUUGCAACCUUUUUUUUUUUUUGUGGUAUUGCUCUUUUGUAUACUUAACAUUUCAUAUUGCAUGUUUUGUUUUUAAUUCUCUCUUUCACUGUAUAAAAUUCACAUCUUGUGAGCAAUAAAAGAGUAAGUUAAUUUUGUUGUUUAUAUGUAUUGAAAUGUGACAAAUUAACAAAUGGAUUUUGUAACAUACUGAAAUAAAAAAAUUAAUUCUGAGAAGGCCAGAAACCUCAUGCAAUAAAAUAAAAUAAAUCUUCUGGUAAGCAACAACUUGUAUUCAUAUUUGUAAAACGUUAGUCUUGAGUACUUGGAUAAAUGGAAUUAAAACUGCUGUUGUAUACCUGUAUAUAAUGAUUUGAAGUAGAUAUAAUUAGUAAAAAAACCACCAUAUUAUCACAUUAAUACUGCUUUACCAUCAUCAGGAAUUUUUGCAAAAUUGAAAAGUAAAUUUUUAUUGUCAUUUUAAAGUUCAAUUUCAGAACUAAAAAAAAAAAAAAAUUCAUCCUCUUUUAAUUUUUUUUAUUUAUUUAUUUUUUUUUUUUUAUUUGAAAGUUUAAGUAUAGGUCCUUCAAGACAAUGAUUUGGUAGUUUUAUGAAUGCUGUGUAUAAUAUAGAAUUAACGGGUGUUAUAUGGCACAGUUGUUAAAAAUUUCUAUUGUUUCUUUUAUCCUGAAGUAAAAUGAAUUUGUUUAC